GGAUCAAAAUCCCUUAACCUGAGAAUGCCAACUUUGCAAUACUUCUCUCUCUUCUCCUUUUCUUUCUCUCUCUCUCCUUCUUCUUUCUCUCUCUAAAAUCUUUGUUAAACGACGAGCAAACACUAACGAAACGACUUCUUGAAUAGUUUUUUCUGUGAGGCGCGAAAUAUAGGAGAGAGAAUAAGGGCGUGUUUGGUUGAUGAAAAUGAUGGAUCCAGCUUUUAAGUUAUUUGGGAAGACGAUACCAGUUGUUGGAGAAGUUGAUGGAGAAGAUUUUCCCCCUUAUGAGUCUAAUGACACCUCUAAUUCUGAUCUUGAUGAUAAGGAUGACAGGAAUUUCAGGAACUAGCAGAAGAAGCUAUGGAGAUGGAACAGUCUGGUGAUUCUGCACCACCACCUGAUGAAGACUCCACAAAUCCUUCAAUAGUGUCAAAUACUAGUGACAAUGAAAAAUCACCUGAUUCUGAGAAGGAUUCUGAAGAGAUGGAUGAGAAGGAAUCAGACGAUCCGAAGAAUUCGCAGCAGAAAACGUUGAAGAAACCGGACAAGAUAAUCCCGUGUCCUAGGUGCAACAGCAUGGACACCAAAUUCUGUUACUAUAACAACUACAACGUCAACCAACCUCGACAUUUUUGUAAGAGCUGCCAGAGAUACUGGACUGCUGGUGGUACUAUGAGGAAUGUUCCUGUCGGUGCAGGUAGACGGAAGAACAAGAGCUCUGCAUCGCGAUACUGCCACAUCACAGUUUCCGAGGCUCUACAAGCAGCUCGUUUGGAUGUAUCAAAUGGGGUCCACCACCCAGGACUGAAAACUAAUGGAACAGUUUUGACCUUUGGACCUGAUAACCCCCUUUGUGAAUCUAUGUCCCCUGUGCUUAACAUUGGUGAUACGAAAGUAUUGAAUGGCACCCCUACUAGGAAUGAUUUCCAUGUUAUUGACCAGGUGGAUGAUCGAUCAAGUGGAUCGACAGUCACGACAACGAGUUCAAUGGAUGAGAACGCAAAGGCAGGCCCACAAGGGCAUAAUUUGAAUGGCUUCCCUAACCAAAUGCCCUGUUUUCAGUGGCCUUAUAUGUGGAACCCGGCAGUUCCUGUACAGCCAUUUUGCGCUACUACUUUCCCUAUGUCAUAUUAUCCACCACCUCCUUAUUGGAAUGGCGCGAUGCCUUGGAACUUUCCUUGGAUACCUCCAUGUUCCCCAAGCCCGGGAUCCAACCCGACUUCCCCAACUCUAGGGAAGCAUUCCAGGGAUGGAGAAAUGCUUAACCAAAAUGAGAACGGAAGGAGUUCAGGAACGCGUACUGUCUUGGUACCGAAAACUUUGAGGAUUGAUGACCCAGAUGAGGCUGCCAAAAGUUCUAUAUGGACUACACUUGGGAUUAAGAAGGGUGAUUCUCAAAGUAGAGGAGGUUUCUUCAAUAACUUACAGUCAAAGAAGGGUGAGGAGAAAAUUCACAUGAUGGAUGCUCCUCUUGCAUUACAGGCUAACCCUGCAGCUUUAAGUAGAUCAAUGAACUUUCAAGAGAGUGCUUGAAGCUCAAAUCAGAUCUCAAUUAACGAUGAGUUUUGGGGAAUUUCACCUGUAUUUAUGGCUUGGUAUAUUUGUCGACGAGCCUAUUAUAGAAUAUUGUUAGUGAUCACCAAUCAGGGAAGUGGAAGAAGGGAAAGAUUUUCUGAUUAGAGUAGGGUUGGAGCAGAAGCAGCAACCAGAUGCAUGCCAUCAUCUUGUAGAAUUAUGCAGAGAUUUUUUUUGGCCUUUUUGCUGUAUUUUGUUAUCUCAAACUAUCUUGUUGUGAUCUUGUACAUAAGCUCUUUUUGCAAGUGUUUUGAGCUAUAAAUAGAGUGGGUGUGCCAGAUACAUUUAGCUAUACUUAGGCCUCUCAUUGUAAUAUAUUCAAUCCAAUAAUGGAAAAAGCCCUUGUUUCA